AUUGGAAAGUCAAUUGUCAAUGUGAAAAAGUGUGUUUUUCUUUGGCACAAAGCGAGUGAAAAGUCGUGAAAAUGUCCGCUGUGGUGCGUCUCAGUGCCCUGAAGGUGCUCCGGAACAGAAUACAGAGUGCCUCGCUGCUGACGCGGGCGCUGUCGACGUCGGAGAAGAAGAGGGAAACGGGCACUGCUCUGGGCGAUCACGUUCCCAUCUCACCCACGACUCCCUAUGACACCAGCAAGUUGGACGCGGAGCUGAAGAAGAACUGGCAGAGCUACGGAUUCGAGCACCACGAUGAGCAGGCCGAUCGCACCCAGACGCGCGCCAGCUUCUUCUUCUGCGUGACGCUGUGUCUGGUGUGGGGCGGCUUCUACAUGGCCUACUUGCCCGACUAUCGCAUGCGUGACUGGGCGCAGCGGGAAGCGUAUCUGGAGGUGCGGCGGCGCGAGGCUCUGGGCCUCCCGUACGUGAAUAAGGACUACGCCGAUCCGGCCAACUUCCCUCUGCCCUCGGACGAGGAGCUGGGCGACACUGAGAUCAUCAUCUAAGGCGGAAGAGAGGCGCUUUUCUAGUUAGAGAACUAUUACAUAAUUUCCCACUGUUCUCGUGUACAUAAUGUGCGUCUCAAUUGCCGGAGAUCGCGCGUCGGGUGGCUGAAUAAAUUGCUAGUGAUUUCACCGAA